AUGAAGCGUAGCCAGAGUGUGCUUCUCCACUACCGCCCCAGUGCCGCGUGGGGCAUCCGACUACACCACCAGCAGCCGCUGCUCCCCGUCAGCGUCUUCGCCGCUGCCGCGUUGUGUGCUCCCGCAAGAAAUUCCACGUGCGUUGCUCUGCAGCAGCAGUGUCGCAGCCUGCACGUCUCCUCAACGCUCCGCACCGCCGCAGAGCCGCCGGUGACGCCGACGGCGAACAGCAGCAGUGCGGGCGCCACCGCUGGCGGCAGCGGUGUGACAGCGCUCGAUGUGGCCAUGCGCGUGAACAAGCUCAAGCGGCUGCACCAAACGGGCGGCGGGCCGAACGGAAAGAAGCAGAUUGAGCUAGAUGCAUGGAGCGAGCUUAACAGUCUCACGGAGGAGCAGAUCAAUUCCGCGGAGGGAAAGGCGGUGUCGUUGCUGCUCAACUCGUGGGCGUACUUCGCGAAGUACUGGGAGAAGGGCAAGGACGGCCCAAUGAGCGCCCACGCACCCGCUGCUGGCGCUGGUGAUUCCGCCUCUUCCACGGCACCGCGAGGGGGCGAGUAG